AUGCGCAUCUUUCAGGCGCGCCAGAUGACGUCGUCCUCGUCAUCAGCACAUCAGCCACUUCCAGCUGACAAUAAAGUUGUCAUUUUUGUUAAGAGGCCAGGAGAGAACAAUGCCCCAACAAUCGACUGUUUCGACGUAGUUCCAAUCGAUUCUCCAUCAGAAAAGGACAUAACCUCCGAUCAAUGCAUCGUUCGAACUCUAUUCCUAUCUGUCGAUCCAGCACAACGAUGUCGUAUGAAUCCAUCAACUGGUGUCGAUUAUUUGGGACCUUAUGAAAUUGGAGAACCAGUUGAUGGAAUGGAAGGAGUCGGAGUUGUUGAGAGAGUUGGAUCAGCAUGUACACUUGAAGUUGGAGAUCUUGUAACUGGAUGUAUUCGAUUAUGGACAUGGACUAAAUAUUUCGUCUGUGAUAGUAGUGAUCUUGUCAAAGUGAACCUUCCAUCAUCACGAAACUUCUCGCCAAGCGUCAUUCUCUCGUGUGCAGGACUUUCUGGUAUAACAGCACUGCUGGGUAUUCGGAAGAAGGCGCUGAUUGAUAGAAGUCGACCGCAAACUAUUGUAGUGUCCGGAGCAGCGGGAAGUUGUGGGUCACUUGCAGGACAAAUUGCCAGGAUAGAAGGAUGUUCGAAAGUUAUCGGAAUUUGUGGAUCUGAUGAUAAGUGCACGGUUUUGAAACGAGAAUUUGGAUUCAACGAUACGAUCAACUACAAAACAGAGAAUGUAUCUGAAAGGCUUGGACAUCUGGCACCCGAAGGAAUUGAUAUUUAUUGGGAUAACGUAGGAGGAGUGAUUUCAGAUGAUGUCAUUCGCGCUAUGAACAACGAAGGACGCGUGGUGCUUUGUGGUCAAAUUGCUGUGUACAACACUGAUCUACCGUAUCCGCCACCACUUCCCGAGCAUACUACAAAAAUUAUUAAGGAAAGGAACAUACAACGAGAACGUUAUCUGGUGUUGAUGUAUAAGGAUGAAAUUGAUGAGGCUGUGGCUCAGUUGUCAGAAUGGUUACAACAGGAUAAGAUUAAGGUGAAAGAGACAAUCUACGAUGGCCUCAACGCUGCUCCAAGUGCAUUUGUCGAUAUGAUGAAUGGAAAGAAUAUUGGAAAAAUGCUUAUUCGUCCUUGAUUUCUUGAUUGAUUUUUUAUUUAAUUUUCUUUACAAAAUUCACAGAAAAUGCUGAGCUUCUUCAUCGCAUUUCUUUCACAAUCCCACAUCGCCCUUCCUUUCCCCGCUGAGUCGUCAAACCAUUUGAUUACGAGUUUUUUUUUGUUUUUUUUUUCCUCUUUGUACCUUUUAAGAGAUUACUGUACGCUUUUCCCCACUUCUUUUCUUAUGCUCAGUCAUAAUUUUUCGGCACUUUUUUUUUAAUAUUUGAAAUAUUCUGCCCUAAUCUGUAAAUAUAUUUUCGAGUAUUAGGAAUUCAAUUCUCUCAUUUAGCUAUCAUAACUUAUAUGUAAUUUUUUUGAAAUUUGACAUUUUUACUUAUGUCUCUAUAUUCGUGUACCAAUGCAAAUAAAAUAGUUCGCGUUGGCUAUUUGCAAAUUUUGGUUCAGAAUAUAAAAUGUUUGAGAGUCU